CAGGUCCGCCAUGUUGGUAGGGUGACCCCAUCUUUGUGAAGGAGUGAAAAUCCAGAAACCGAUGAACAGCGGGCAAUCGUUUUAUUCCUUAGUCCUCUGUUUGCAGAGCUCGGAUGGAAAAGUGAGACCCAACGGGGCACUGUACCCUGGAGCCUGCAGGGGGAACAGAAAAAGCUGUAGGAGGGCGGGUGGCCCGAGAUUUAAGACUUGCGGCCUAGUGGCCCCGACACUCGUCCGUCCAGUCGGUGCCGGCGAGAAACGGCGGGCUCGGAUUCGACUGCGGCAGCCGCGUCCCUCUCUUGCAAUAUGUUCAAGAGAAUGGCGGAAUUCGGGCCUGACUCAGGAGGGAGAGUGAAGGGUGUGACAAUAGUGAAGCCAAUUGUCUUUGGAAAUGUUGCUCGUUAUUUUGGAAAGAAGCGAGAGGAGGAUGGACAUACUCAUCAGUGGACAGUUUACGUCAAACCUUACCGAAAUGAAGAUAUGUCUGCAUAUGUAAAGAAAAUUCAGUUCAAGCUACAUGAAAGUUAUGGUAACCCUCUACGAGUUGUUACCAAGCCUCCAUAUGAAAUCACAGAAACUGGAUGGGGUGAAUUUGAAAUUAUAAUCAAAAUCUUCUUCAUAGAUCCAAAUGAAAGACCGGUAACUCUCUACCACUUGUUAAAGCUGUUUCAGUCCGAUAGUAAUGUGAUGUUGGGCAAAAAGACAGUGGUCUCCGAGUUUUAUGAUGAAAUGAUCUUCCAAGAUCCUACAGCAAUGAUGCAACAACUGUUGACAACGUCUCGACAGCUGACACUUGGAGCUUACAAGCAUGAAACUGAAUUUGCAGAACUUGAAGUGAGGACCCGGGAAAAGCUAGAAGCUGCCAAAAAGAAGACUAGCUUUGAAAUUGCAGAGUUUAAAGAAAGAUUGAAGGCAAGCCGAGAAGCAAUCAACUAUUUAAAGAGUGAAAUCAAAAAGAUUGAAGAUGAUGACCAGGGAAAGGAAAGCUGAGAAAUGUUCACUAAAUUAACUGGAAGUCUUCAAGGACUGAUUUGCUGAGAGCAGUAUAGUUGCUUAUACAACAAACUUUUACAUUGCCUGCUCUGUGACUGAAUGGUGAAUCGUUCAGUUUUAAAUUAUACCUUGGGUGAAUGAUUUUUUUUACUUUGACAUGAUCAUAUUUAAAUCCAACUUGAGGACACCCAAGCAAGCAUUCUAGUUUUCUAAACAGAAUUGUACAAAAUAUAACAAUGAUGUGGAGGAAAUGGUGUGCAUAUGUUUUGUAUGUGGAUUUUUCUGUUUUGUAUUUAAGGUAUUUGUUACAGUUGCAUUUAAAGCUUGUAUGUCA